AGGCGGCAUGGGCGGCAUGGGCGGCAUGGGCGGCAAGGGCUCGGCCUUCGCGGGCGCCGGCGCGUCGCCGGGGCUCGCGCUGCCGGGGCCGCUGCCGGGCCUGCCGAUGGAGAUGUUCGGCAAGGGCGGGCCCCAGAUGAUGGGGGCGAACAUGAUGGGCAUGGUGCCGCCGAACAUGAUGGGCAUGGUGCGGCCCGGCAUGAUGCCGCAGCCCAUGAUGGGCAUGGGCAUGAUGCGGCCCGGCAUGAUGCAGGGCGGCAUGGGCGGCAUGGUUCGGCCGGGCAUGAUGCAGGCGACCAUGCCGGGCAUGAUGGGAAUGAUGCGGCCGCCCGUGGUGCCAAAGAACGGCGGCGGCCCGGGCGGCGCGGGCUUGAUGCAGCAGCAGCGGCCGCCGCUCACCGCGGCGAUGCUGGCGGCGGCGCCACCGUCGGUGCAGAAGCAGAUGAUCGGCGAGCGGCUCUACUCGGCGAUCGCGAGGCUUCAGCCGCAGCUCGCCGGGAAGAUAACAGGCAUGAUGCUGGAGAUGGACAACAGCGAGCUCCUCAUGCUGCUGGAGUCCGACCCCCACCUCAAGGCCAAGGUCGACGACGCCCUGAAGGUCCUCCACCGGUCCAAGUGAGCGGGGCCGCCGCGCGCGCUUUUGCGCUCCGCCACGGCCCCCCGGGGCAUGGGGCAUGCCAGGCGCGGCGCCCUCCGCCCGCUUCGGGCGCGCCGCUUUCGGGCGCGCCGAGGGCACGGCUUCCCUGGGCGAUCUCGUGCGCCACCCCCAUUUGGUCGAUUUUAUACGUCGGCUCCACGGAGCAAGGGCAAGCCCUGACGGUUUUUGUGCCCGCGAGCGGUUUCAACACGUCACGUCACCAUCGCCCUCGCGACCCUCUCCUAAGCCAGCCGUUCAGGGAGCUACUGUCACACCGACCCCCGCAGGUGGUGCCCACU